CAACACCACCUAUGUAAAUACCACACGAUAACUAUGAGACCUUUUGUAUAUCUUCUUGCAAGCGUCUGCCUGUUCCUCGCAUGCACCGCCGAAUCGCGACCGUUUAAGACCAUUUUGAAGUCGUUCAACGAGCAGUCACCACUGCGAGACUACAUCAUGCCCUCCACGAACGAAGCGUCCACUGGGAUCAUCAUAUCAGACGUAAUCGGAAAGGUGCAAGAUAUUGCUAUCUUCAGCGGCCUCACGCGCAACAUCGACGCAGUGUCUGGGCGUCUUGAAGACGCAGCACAGAACGCCACAGUGCUUGCGCCAGACAACACUGUCAUGAAGAACCUGAAGAGGAAGCCUUGGGAAGAUCCAGAAGAUUACAAUGAGUUCGGUGCGCAGGCGUACGAGGGUGUGAACGGAUCGGACCGUGCACACAGCAACCUCGAGCGGUUCGUCAAGAGACACAUCGUACCGGAGAGUCCGUGGGAAGAAGGAAAGAAAUUGAAGACGCUUGCUGGCAAUGAAGUCUGGUGGGAGUUCAAGAACGGCCAAAAAACGGUAAGUGGUUAGGGUCCUAGUGGUGGAGCCCUUCCCAUGCCCAACCCACAAGAUCAUCUUGGAAAAUACCAACAUUAUAUUAUUUCUUUGUCUCAAAACAUUCAUCAAGUCACACAACUGGAGAAGGGUGAGGUGGCCGAGUUGGUUAUGGCGCCAGGUUAAGGUUCUUUCUCCUUAGCAUUGCUUAGCAAUAAGCUUCCUGGUCACGAAAGUGGCGCGGGUUCGAGU